AUGUCCAUCAACAUUUGCAGAGACAACAAUGACCCUUUCUACCGUUAUAAAAUGCCUCCUCUACAGGCUAAGGUAGAAGGUAGAGGUAACGGUAUCAAGACAGCUGUCUUGAACGUCGCAGAUGUGGCUCGUGCCCUGAACAGACCCUCUCCUUACAUUGUAAAGUACUUCGGGUUUGAACUAGGUGCUCAAACCAGCAUUUCAGUCGAUAAAGAUAGAUAUUUGGUUAACGGUGCACACGAACCAGCCAAAUUACAAGACGUUUUGGAUAAGUUCAUUUCCAGUUUCGUGCUUUGCGGGAGUUGUAAGAACCCUGAAACGGAGAUUGUCGUCACAAAGACAGGCGACUUGAUCAGAAACUGUAAGGCUUGUGGUAAGAGAACACCCAUGGAUCUUAGACACAAGUUGUCAUCAUUUAUUCUAAAAAACCCUCCUGAGUCUAUGGAAGGCAAAAACAAAAAGAAAGCCGCUACGGCUUCAGCCAACAUUCGUGGUGCUGGUGUCUCCAUCAGUGAUAUCGCUCAAGGUAUCUCUCAAUCAUCCGCUCAGGCCGACGCCGAAGCUGGAGGUGACUCUGAUGACGAUGAACUAGCUCGUCAAAUCAACGCCGCUGCAUCUUCUUUGCAAGAAAUUGAAAUCAAUCAUGAUGAUUGGGCCGUUGAUAUGUCGGAGGAAGCUAUCAGAGCCCGUGCCAAGGAAUUACGUGCCGCUAACGGUGAAGACGAGGAACUAUCCGCCUUAGAGGAAUAUGGUGAAUGGAUCCUCAAACAAGAGGAAAUUCCAUCCGAUGUUGAUCUAUAUAAAAAAGCCUCUGAGCUAGAUCUGCUGCAAGAACCAAAGGUUGCUUGUGUCCUCGCCCAGGCCUUGUUUGACGAGGACAUAGUAGAAGAGAUCUCCGAACACACUGCUUUCUUCAAGAAACUGUUUACCUCGGAAGAGUUUGAGAAUCAGUUUUUGGGUGGUAUCGAAAGAUUCCUAGGUCUGGAACACAAGGCUUUGAUACCUGCGUUGCCUAAAAUCCUGGUUCAGCUGUACAACAAUGAUGUCGUCUCGGAAGAAGUUAUCAUUAAGUUCGGUACAAAGUGCUCGAAGAAAUUUGUUCCAAAGGAAGUCUCCAAAAAGGUUCGUAGAGCUGCCAAACCAUUCAUCACCUGGUUGCAAACCGCCGAAUCUGAUGAUGAAGACGAGGAUUCCGAAUAG